UUAUCAUUAUCAUUAAUUAAUUUUUGUAAUUAAAAUACUAUUGAUUUAUAUCCAAAGUUAUGGUUGGACUCUGAAAAAGCAAGAAAAAAUACCAACUAGCUAAGCAACAACAACCAACAAUUCAAUUUUUUCUUUGGUUUGUUCUUUUCUCAUUUCCAAAUUCAAAGCCGUUCCCAUUCAAAAAAUUUAGCUGAUCUCUCUGAUGGGUUUGACGGCUCAAACCUCCGAUGGCGACGCCGAGUCUGUUCUUCUCCUCCCAACGUCGGAGACUUUAACCGCAACCGGUAAAGUACCCGAAGACUCAUUCCAUUUCGCAUACAUAAUUUACUUCAUUCUGGGUCUUGGGUAUCUCCUCCCAUGGAACGCUUUCAUCACAGCCGUCGAUUACUUCUCCUUCAUCUACCCAGACAUCAGCGUCGACCGUAUCUUCGCCGUCGUUUACAUGAUGGUCGGCCUCGUCGCCCUCAUUCUCAUCAUCUUAUACUCCCUUCAAUCCGACGCUCAUUUGCGUAUCAACAUAGGUCUGGGCCUCUUCAUCGUGUCUCUGCUCGUCGUGCCCAUUACCGACGCCGUCUACAUCAAGGGUCGGGUCGGGCUGUACGAUGGGUUUUACGUCACCGUGGCUGCGGUUGUGCUUGCUUCCGUGGCUGAUGCCUUGGUCCAAGGUGGGACCAUUGGGUCCGCCGGUGAGUUGCCAGAGAGGUACAUGCAAGCUGUAGUGGCUGGAACCGCGGGUUCAGGAGUUCUUGUGUCUUUUCUAAGGAUUUUUACAAAAUCUGUAUACCCACAAGAUGCUCAUGGCCUUAGGAAAAGUGCAAACCUUUACUUCGCUGUUUCAGUAGUUGUCAUGGUGAUCUGCAUUGUUCUAUACAAUGUGGCUCUUAGGCUUCCAGUUAUGAAGUAUUACAGAGAGUUGAAGAUUCAAGCUGUGAAUGAGGAGGAAGAGGAGAAAGGUCCUUUGACUGGAGCUGUAUGGAGAUCAACUUUGUGGGAAAUUGUUGGUAGAAUCAAGUGGUAUGGAUUGGGAGUUGUCCUUGUCUACCUUGUGACCUUGUCUAUAUUUCCAGGUUACAUAACUGAGGAUGUUCAUUCUGCGCUUCUCAAGGAUUGGUACUCAAUCCUUCUCAUCACUGCCUACAAUGUUUUUGACAUGGUUGGGAAGUGUUUGACCCCAUUGUAUCUCCUUGAGAAUACAAAGGUAGCUGUUGGUGGAUCUAUUGUGAGAUUGCUGUUUUUCCCACUCUUCUAUGGCUGCAUACAUGGUCCAAAGUUCUUGCGGACUGAGAUUCCAGUGAUAACAUUGACUUGCCUUUUGGGUCUUACCAAUGGCUACUUGACCAGUGUGUUGUUGAUUUUGGCUCCCAAGGUGGUUCCAUUACAACAUUCAGAAACUGCAGGGAUUGUGAUGGUAUUGUUCUUGGUUAUUGGUCUGGCUUCUGGUUCAGUUGUGUCUUGGUUUUGGGUUAUCUGAUCUGUGAACAAAUUUGUACAAUAUUUGUUGUUAAAUCCCUCGGUAAAAAGGAUGGGAAAAAUGACCACUUUCUUUCGGUAUUCUCCAUUCUUUAAAAGCUGUGUAAAUCCCAUUUUGCUAUUAUGCUGCAUGUGAACAGUGAAUGCUGGUGUUAAUAGUAAAUUUUUAGUUGUUUCAUGUUAAUCAAUUGAAACUUGGGAUGUGGUUUUCUGGUUCCAGAGCCAAUUUCCCCAAACAUUAUUA